UAAACAGAGCGCUCAGAUAUUUUCUAGAGUCUAAAGUGCAAAGAACCGGCUUUAGGUUGGAUACAAGCUAUAAUAUUGCGACUACCGAAAAUCUUAUCGCACCGGCACCAUGACUGGAGCAAUGAAGUACUUCUACGAUUUAAUGUCACCGCCCUCGAGGGCUCUGUACAUUCUAUUCACGUUGGAGAAGAUUCCCUUUGAAUCAAAUUCAGUGGCACUUCGUAAAGGGGAACACCUGACGGAGGACUAUAAGAAAAACGUGAAUAAGUUUCAGAAGGUGCCUGUGAUCCAUGAUAAUGGCUUUGUACUGACCGAAAGUGUUGCUAUUUUAAGGUACCUUUCAGGGAAAGGUCUAGUCUCUAGCCAAUGGUAUCCCACCGAUAUAAUUCAACGCGCUCGAGUUGAUGAAUAUCUAGAAUGGCAGCACAAUACCUUAGCGUUAGGAUCUGGACUCUACUUCAUGUUAAAAUGGGUCACACCGCUAAUGACGGGAAAAGAUGCCGAUCCAAAACGAGUUGCCGAAGCGAAGAGAAUUCUCGAAGGGGCUCUGGAUCUUCUCGAAACCACUUGGCUGGCUGAUUCGAAAUUUGUUAGCGGCGACCGUCCAACAGUUGCUGAUUUAUUCGCCUCAUCCUCAAUUGAGCAAUCAAAAGUCGCUGGUUUUAAACCAACUGAAGGAAGAAAGAAAGUUGAAAAUUGGAUGCAGGAAGUGCGAAAAGCUGCAAAUCCAAUUUAUGACGAAGCUCAUAAAUUUGCAUACAAAAAUGCAGCACUUGCCCGGUUGUAAUAUUAUUU